AGGAAGCGCGUUUAUGUAUCCGUAGUCCAUACAAACUCUGCUGUUAAAACAGGGACGACUAUAGAAAUGCCGCUGGAAAAUUUGGAAGAAGAGGGUUUACCCAAAAACCCAGAUCUGAGGAUAGCACAACUGAAGUUUUUGCUAACUUUAGAUGGACACCGACAAGACGCUGCAGUUAAAAAUGAACUCAUGGAAGCUAUCAAAGAGAACAACAUGGCACCAUAUUAUGAGGCUCUGUGCAAAGAGCUGAAAUGGCAGGUGGAUACCGACCUCCUGAGCAAAAUGAAGAAAGCGAAUGAGGAGGUGCAAAAACGCCUGGAUGAUGUUUUGGAGGACGCGGAGAAGAACCUCGGGGAGAGUGAAAUACGAGAUGCUAUGAUGGCUAAAGCCGAAUAUCUCAUCCGUAUUGGAGAUAAGGAAGGAGCGCUGACUGCUUUUAGAAAGACCUACGACAAGACUGUUGCCCUGGGACAUCGCCUAGAUAUAGUAUUCUACCUGCUUAGAAUCGGUUUGUUUUACAUGGACAGCGACCUCAUAACACGGAACACCGAGAAAGCAAAAAGCCUCAUCGAAGAGGGUGGUGAUUGGGACAGGAGGAACCGUCUGAAGGUGUACCAGGGGCUGUACUGUGUGGCCAUCCGGGACUUCAGGCAGGCAGCCGAGCUCUUCCUGGACACAGUGUCCACCUUCACCUCCUACGAACUCAUGGACUACAAAACGUUCGUCACAUACACUGUGUAUGUUAGCAUGAUUGCGCUGAAGCGACCAGACCUCAGGGAGAAGGUGAUAAAGGGGGCAGAGAUCCUGGAGGUGCUGCACAGCCUGCCAGCAGUGCGCCAGUACUUAUUUUCCCUCUACGAGUGCCGCUACUCUGUGUUCUUUCAGUCCCUGGCUGCAGUGGAGCAGGAGAUGAAAAAAGACUGGCUGUUUGCCCCUCACUACCGCUACUAUGUUAGAGAGAUGCGCAUCCACGCCUACAGCCAGCUUCUGGAGUCCUACCGCUCACUUACGCUGGGCUACAUGGCAGAGGCCUUUGGGGUUAGCACCGAGUUCAUUGACCAGGAACUCUCCCGAUUCAUUGCAGCUGGUCGACUGCAUUGCAAGAUUGAUAAAGUGAAUGAGAUUGUGGAAACAAACAGACCGGACAGCAAGAACUGGCAGUACCAGGAGACUAUAAAGAAGGGAGACCUUCUACUGAACAGAGUCCAGAAACUGUCCAGGGUGAUCAACAUGUAAUAGAAAGUAUGCCAGGUUGUUCCCUGAGAUUUAUGGGUAAAGUGAUGCUUAUGUUAUAGUUCGUCUGGAAGAAAUACUCCCUGAUUAAGCGUUUAAAUGUAUAUAAUAAAAGUUCUUUUCACAAAAAGUCCACAUUUUUCAUGACAUUCAAAUAUAUGGCUAUUUUGAAGACAUCCUUUUGGGGGUAGAGUUUAACUUUGUUUUUUACAGCAUAGGGCACAUCAAACAUGGCAAUUUUACAAUGACCAGUAUUGCUCUAUGUACAGAUUUAUUCCUGAUCAUCUUUUGCAAUUUCAUCUGUUGUCACUUUGCUGACAGUGGUUGUCUUGCAACACCUGGCCCUUGAGUGUUCAGUAUGCUGUAGCAGAACUGUAUUGGUGUUCUUAAGUAACUAUCCAGAUUACAAUAAAUCAUUUCUGGUAGUUGCUGUACAUUUAAUCUUUGAGGCAGGUUCAUGCCAUUGUGAAUUCUGCAUUGUAUUCAGAUUUCCUGUAUUUACCAAGAGCUCCAGUUUGAAACAAGAGUUGAAGAAAAUUAAUUCAGCUGCUAACUGCAGCUAAAAGAUACUUUUUUGGUUUUCUUUUUUAGUAUUUAUCAUUGUUACAACCAUGUAGUCAUUUUAUGGUAAACAGUUGUCCAUACUUUCCCACAUCAAUAUUUUUUGUUUAUAAAAUAAAAGUUAAA